AUGAGUGAAGAGGACAACAAAACUCUGCGCGAGCAGGAAAGGCAGAGCGAACCCCGAGUACGCCCAGCAUGGAGAGCAUUGGUUCAGGAUUUUGAACCAUUAUGGUUCACCGAAUGCAUGAACGCAGGUAUUAUCGCGAUCCUGCUACACCAGCUACCUUACCAAUUCCCUGGCCUCGGUAUAUUGUCGAUUAUCGCCUUCAUGAUUGAUUUCCUCAUCUUCAUCGUCUUCUCCUUGACAAUGCUCACGCGAUUCGCGCUGUACACUCGGCAAGCAUAUUGGGAAAUCACAGACAAUGUUCAACAACUUGCCCAAAUGGCAUGCUGGACUAUUGCGUGGUUGACACUUGCAGCCCUGGUCAAUCUGAUUGUCAGCCAGGCAGGUUGGGGUGGACAUGCUUUCACGAUCGUAGGAUAUGUCAUGUGGUGGUUCGGUGCGGCAUGGUCUAUACUGACUCUUCUAUUUGUCUUCAUUAUCGUCAUCCGACGACAAAAAGGAGAAGCUGAAGGAGGACAGCUACCACCAAUGAUCCUGCUGCCUAUCGUCAGCAUUGCGACAACAGCGACAACUGGUGGCUUGAUCGCAUGCUAUAGUGCCGGCAUCUCAGCUCGCAUGGCUGUUCCCGUCAUCAUCGUCUCCUUCCUCUAUGUCGGUAUCGGCAUGUUCAUGGCGACCUUCCUGUACACACUCCUACUCCACAAACUCCUCACGACUGGUUUCCCGGCACCUAUGCAAAUCGCGUCCAUGUUCUUGUUCGUCGGACCUAUGGGUCAAUCAGCAGCAGCACUUCAGCUUCUCGCUUCAGCGGCAAGCACGUAUGGCCGUUUCGGAGGCUAUAGUCAAGGCAUCUUCUUGCAAGCUUCAGCAGCGACACCUCUCAAUGCUGCUUGUGUCCUUCUCGCACUGCUGCUCACUGGUAUGGCAACUGUUUGGGCAUUUCUGGCACUAUUCGCAAUGCUUGAAAAGGCUUUCAACAAGAAUUUGUCCUGGUCACCAACAUGGAACAGCAUCAUUUUUCCUCUUGGCACACUGACCACUUCGACAUUGCAAUUGAGUAUUGAGAUGGACUCGCCAGCAUGGAGGACGAUCACUACUGCCUUGGUAAUCAUUCUCGUGAUCAUGUUCUUUAUCAAUUUGGGCUUUACCACUUGGAACAUUAUUCAAGGAAAAUUGCUGAUUGUGAAGGAGAACCCAAGAGUUGAGGAGAAGUCGGAAUAG